AUGUCAAACUGGGACCAACUCUACGACCUUGAACCUCUCCUCCGCACUCCUCCCACAGAACCAACUUCAAAACAACACUCCUACAUCACCUGCAAGCCCUACAAACGCUACGACUCUGACGUCUCAUCCAUCAGCAGUGCUGAAGGCGUCGACGGUUUCGACAACCCCACCUGGUGGGAUAACCUCGAUCACGAAGAAGAAGCUAUUACACGCUACAAGAAGUUUUUGCGUGAGCAGUUGGUCAAGGGAAGGAAGUUGGAGAAGCGGGAAGAACCUGAGGUUGUGAUGACGAGGGUGGAAGUCAAUAGCAAGCCUGCGUCAAUUACGAAGACACUGUCUUUGCCAGAAAGAUGCAACGAAAAGAGUGAUCACACGCAUAUUGUCGAGAAAAUGCAAAACUCUCGAGAUCUGACCGGACCAGUCGAAUUCUGUUUCUGGAGCAUGAACGGUCAAGAGUGCCAGUGCGGCAAGUGUUGA